CCAAAACGUUGAGAAAAAUCAAAUGCUCCGAUCUAAAAAGCCCGACUGUUUAAUUUCUUCAAAAGCGUCGUCUUCCUGUUCAAUGAUAAUCUCGACCAUGGCUACAAGCGCUUAUGAUAGUUGACAAGGACUCUGGGAUGCACUGGAUCUUCGGAUGUACGGAGAUAGAAAGGGUAGCAAAGUGAUGAAGAUCAACUUUGUAUCUUCUUUACACAGAUCCAUGUCUUCGUGGCAUUUACUCACAAUAUUAUUAUUGUUGUUGUCUCUGCAACUACGAUUGGCGUUAGGCAGCUUCACUCUGUUUGGACCCGCGAAAAAAGCAGAAUUACGGGACCAAGUGCGACAGAUGUUCUACCAUGCAUAUGACAACUACAUGCAAUAUGCAUUCCCGCAUGAUGAGUUAAAGCCGCUCACAAAGACUUUUACAGACUCGCUGGGAGAACUUGGAAAUCUUAAGCUUGAACGUUUAUCUGAACAGUACAAUGGAUCAGCUUUGACUCUUGUUGAAUCUCUUUCCAGUUUGCAUGUUUUGGGGAAUAGUUCGGAAUUUGAAAAAGGUGUGCUUUGGCUUGGGGAGAAUCUCACAUUCGAUGUUGAUGUGCGAGUAAGCCUAUUUGAGUGCAACAUUAGGCUGCUUGGUGGGCUUAUUUCAGCACAUUUGCUUGCAACGGAUUUAUCCAAGAAAAGUUUUCGGGAACCAUACAAGGACCAAUUGCUUAUUCUUGCCAAUGAUUUGGGCCAACGUUUUUUACGAGCUUUUGAUACUCCAACUGGUCUUCCAUAUGCAUGGAUUAAUCUUAAGCAUGGAGUGAUGGAGAAUGAGACUACUGAGACAAGCACAUCUGGCUGUGGUUCUCUCAUACUUGAAAUGGGUGCAUUAUCAAGAUUGACAGGCAAACCUGAGUAUGAGGAAUCUGCUUUACGUGCCCUUCGUAAAUUAUGGAGCAUGAGGAGCUCUUUAGAUUUAAUGGGAACCACACUGGAUGUAACAACAGGAGAAUGGAUUGAACAUUCAUCUGGAAUUGGUGCUGGUGUUGAUUCUUUCUAUGAGUAUCUUAUUAAAGCUCACAUCCUGUUUGGAAGGGAUGAGUACUGGGAUAUGUUCUCUUCGGCAUAUACUGCUGUGCAGAAAUAUUUUCGGCAUGGUCCAUGGUACCAUGAAGCUGAUAUGAGAACAGGAAAAGCAACUCACUGGCAGCUCACAAGUCUCCAGGCCUUUUGGCCUGGUUUACAGAUUUUGGUUGGUGAUGUGUUAGCUGCAAAUUCAACUCACCGCGAAUUUUUCAGUGUAUGGGAGAGAUAUGGUGUUCUACCAGAAAGGUACCUAUUAGAUAGAGACAUGUUGCACCCAACAGAGAAAUAUUAUCCAUUGCGUCCUGAACUGGCAGAGUCAACUUUAUUUCUAUAUCAGGCAACCAGAGAUCCAUGGUACCUAGAGGUUGGCGAGGCAAUCAUUAACUCCUUGAAUGUUUACACACGUGUAAAUGGCGGGUUUGCCAGUGUGAGAGAUGUGACUACAAUGAAAUUGGAAGAUCAUCAACAUAGCUUCUUUCUUGCUGAAACGUGCAAAUACCUAUAUCUUCUCUUUGAUGAUACCUUUUUGGUAAAUGGGAACUAUGUUUUUAGUACUGAAGGCCAUCCUCUUCCAGUUACACAUUCCUGGCAUGAGUGGAUUCCAUCUAUCUAUAUGGAGAGUGAAGCAUUUGAAUACAAGAGAGGGGGUAAACACGUAUUUAAGAGUGCGAUGUCAUCAAAAUUGUGUCCUGUAGUAAAAGUUUCACCUGUUCAAGGCAAAUUUUGGGUUGAAAGUGCAUGCCAUGUGCUUGACAAGCGAUCAAAUCACAAAUGCCAAUCAGACAAGGAAUGUGGGGUGGAUGCAACAACAUGCAGGCAGAGAACUUGUAGCAUUGCUGGUUAUUGUGGACUAUGGUUAGUCAAAUUCUGAUAAUUGUGAAAGGGAUCAUUGUGUGUAAUUUGAUUGCAUUCUACCUUUUAUGUGCAGAGAGAAGCGCCUCUAGAAAAGAUGAAGUGGGGUGUUGUUUGGCCUGCUCGUAACAUUAGAAAUCUACCUUAAAUCUAAGUUAGUCAUUAAUUUUUCUGCAUUUCUGUACAGCACAUGCUGGCCUUUUACACACAUCAUCCUUGCAAUAUGUAUUGCAUUCGAAUGUACUCUAAAUUGUACAGGUUCUCUUUUUUUGUUCAAUGGGAUGCAUUUUAUGUGCAUUUCAAUUUUUAAUAAAAAUAUUCAGAUUCCUCAAAGAGAAUGAGUGAAUUACUCUAUAUCCAUCCUUAGCGUUCAUUUUCUGUAUGCAUUAUACCGUGAAGUUUAUACCUAAAUGUUUAUUUUCUAUGCAACUUUGAUACCGAAA